CUACGGCGGCAGCCUUCCGGUGGCGGGGGCGCCGAGGAGCCUCGAGCCUUCCACCCCCCGGCGCUGUCGCCGCGGCUACUGCACCCGGCCGCCCACGCUACCACACGCAGCAGCCAGGGAGCCAUGGUGAUGGACCUCCAUGAACAGUUGCAACAGGGUACCGUCCCCGUCUCGUACACGGUGACCCGGUCCCCGCCCCACGGCUUAGCCCCGCCCCUGUGCACGGGGCAGCACCUCCCCCAGGCCUGCUCCUCCCAGCCACAGGUGCCCCCCUGCAGCGUGGUGUUCAGCACCCGGACAGCACCUGUGUGUCUCUCUCUCUCUCAGAUGUUGCAGGCCUGCUCAGUGCAGCACCUGCCGGUCCCUAUGCCUUCCCUCCCUCCUCUCAGCGACCCCCCCUUCCUGCUCCACCCCCCCCACCUCUCGCACCACCCGUCCCACCAUCUACCCCCGCCGGGGCACUUCCUGCCCUUCCAGACACAACAGCCCCGAUCCCCUUUACAGAGAAUCGAGAACGAGGUGGAGCUUCUGGGGGAGCACCUGUCGGUGGGGGGCAGGCUCGGCUAG